AUGACGGCCCCAGAGGGAACAGCCCAGAACACCAGCCGUGGCGACGGCAGCUCUAGAGGACGAGGCCGUGGCGGCGGCGGAAGAGGAGGCGGCGGAGGAGGAGGAGCCAAACGAGGACGAGGCGGCCAGAAUCGAGGACAGGGACGGGGCCAGAGAGGAACACAAGAUGCUGCUGCUGAUGCUGCUGCUGCCGCUGCUACGACAUUGACGGGAUCAGAGGCGGCGGCGGGCAAAGAGAACAAGGCCAUGGCCGCCACCAGGCCCGACGUCGACGACGGCGACGACGAUGCCGACGUCUGCUUCAUCUGCGCCAACCCCGUGGCCCACCACUCGAUUGCGCCCUGCAACCACAAGACGUGCCACAUCUGCGGCCUGCGCAUGCGGGCCCUGUACAAGACCAAGGACUGUGCCCACUGCCGAACACCAGCGUCCUAUGUCAUCUUCACCGACGACGCCGAGAAGCGCUUCGAAGACUACGCCGACACCGACUUCACCUCCACCGACACCAACAUCGGCAUCAAGUACACCAACGAGGACAUCGUCGGCGACUCCGUCCUGCUGCUGCGCUACAACUGCCCCGACGGCUCCUGCGACUUUGCCGGCCUUGGCUGGGCCGACCUCCAUCGCCACGUCAAGUCCGCCCAUCACAAGCGCAUGUGCGACCUCUGCACCCGCAACAAAAAGGUCUUCACCCACGAGCACGAGCUCUUUGGCGACAAGGAGCUGGAAAAGCACAUGCGCCACGGCGACGACAAGCCCGGCGCCGCCGACCAGACGGGCUUCAAGGGCCACCCGCUGUGCGGCUUCUGCGGCCAGCGCUUCUACGACGACGACAAGCUGUUUGAGCACUGCCGCAUGAAGCACGAGCGCUGCUUCAUCUGCGACAGGCGAGACUCGAGGCAGCCCCACUACUUCCUCAACUACGAGGAGCUGGAGAGGCACUUCAAAAAGGACCACUUCCUGUGCGCGGACCGCGGGUGCAUGGAGAAGAAGUUUGUCGUCUUCGAGUCUGAGCUGGACAUGCAGGCGCACAACCUCGCCGAGCAUGCCGGCAAGCAUGUGGGCAGAGACGCCAGACUGGUCGACAUCUCUGCUUUUGACAUUCGCCAGUCCUAUCAGCCGGAAAGACGCGGUGGCCAGCGCGAAGGACGAGCUCAGGGUCAGGGACGACGAGGGGGCAACAGGGGAAGAGACCCCAACGAGGACAGCAUUCUGCCAACUGUGAGCUCGACCGUCCCCUUGCGAAGAGACGAGCUGGCAUUUCAGCGCCAAAUGGCCAUUGCCUCGGCGCCCUCGGGCUCGAAUCGAACAUUCCGCGGCCAGCUAUCGACUCCAACGCCCGCCACCGCUCCGGUAACUCCUACGCUCACUCCCUCGCCAGCUCAGGCAUCUUCAGCAGCCAGAAAUGCUGCAGCAACACCCCCUUCAAGGCCCCGAAGCGUCGGCCCAGGCGCCGGUCCCGCAGCCGCUACCAACGCCAUCGAGGCCCUCAGCCUCACCGACACAGCCAACCUCUCGCCCGAAGAACGAGCCCGCCUCGUUCGCCAUGGCAGCGUCAUAGAGCGGGCUGCCAACCUCUUGGGCAACGACUCGCACAAGAUGGCUGCGUUCCGGAGCCACAUCUCGACAUAUCGCCAGGACGGCUUCACUGCUCCCCAGCUCGUCGAAGCCUUCUUCACCCUCUUCUCAAACGCCUCAUCAAAUGCCCUCGCAACUCUCGUGAGGGAGCUGGCAGAUCUCUUUGAAGACAAGGGCAAAGCCGAUGGCCUCCGAAAGGCCUGGCAGGAUUGGCGGGCCAUCAACGAGGACUACCCCAGCUUGCCGGGCCUCGGCGGCAUGCAAGGGGCAACCUCCAGCUCCAGCGGCUGGGCGAGUGCCGCGGCUGCCAAUACGGGAUUCACCGUCGUGGCGCCCUCGCAGCGAAACUCGAGCAGGGUCUUGAAACUUAAGAAUAGCACUCGACUCGGCGGCCCAGCGCCCACCGCUUCACGAGGCCCUCCCGGCUGGGUGGCAGCAUCAUCGUCAUCGUCUUCUUCAUCCAGGGCUCCUGCAGCAUCAGCUUUUCCUUCUCUGCCCACGCCGUCUGCAUCCUCAUCGUCCCGCGCAUCGACGACCGCCUCCGCACCCUCAUGGACCGCCUCAGCAUCAUCAUCAUCCUCACAAUCGCGCGGCCGAGGCCCAGCACCGCCAAACGUUCGUGCCGAGGACGCUUUCCCUUCACUUCCCGCAGCGCCGAAACCCCAAACCACCAUUUUUGGCUACGGCGGAGGCCGCGGCGUGAGACGCGAUUUUGGCCAGCGGGAAUCCGACUUCCAAUGGGGAACUGCCGCAGCUCCUCCUGCGGCUACGUCUUCUGCAGUGGAGGAAGCAGAUGAUGCUGAGACGGGAGGGAAAGGCAAGAAAGGGAAGAAGAAUAAAAAGCAGAUUCUGGUACAGUGGGGAUAA